CCGCCUUCAGCCACACGAAGAGCCCCUCUCUUCCUAAUAGCAGUCAUUCCCGCUGACUUUUGAGGUCCGACGCAAGCUGCUAUUGAGGAAUCCAAACCUUCAUGAUGCAGACCUUCCUCGUCGGCCUGCUUGUAGCAGCAUCAACGGCAUCUGCCACGGUGCUGCUCUACCCGGACAGUCUUCCCUCGACACUCACCUCAGAGUGCACCAAUGCGCUGACCGUGGACGUCACAGCCUGCGACCCGCUGGUGAGGGACCUCCGUCCGGACGUCUUCUACCCGCCCGCGUCACUGUCGCGCAUCUGCACCACCGAUUGCUCAUCCGCCAUGGAAAGAUGGCGGUCAUCGAAUGCCUGCCUGCAGGACGACUCGGGGCGCUACUGCGGACCCGUCGCGGCCCUGGCAGCGGCCUUCUCGGAUCCCGGCAUCAGCCCUUUCAACUACCUUAGCAACACCACGGACCAGGUGCAGCCCGACGACUGCGACGUGUGCCUGGCCGAGCGGCUGCGGCUGCGCGAGGGGUCACCGUACUUUGACGGGCCCAUUGUGGCCAGCCAAUCGCUGUACGAGAGCAUGACGGCGAGUUGCGGCAUUGUGGGACGCCCGGUCGUAACAACGACCAUCGACUACUUCAGUGCGGCGCCCGCUCCGACGGCCAAGGUGUGUGAGGGGUCAACCUACUCGAUCCAAGCCUCGGACGACUGCUACACCAUAUCCAAGAGCCAGGGUGUCGGCACCGACUGGCUGCUGGCCGACAACGACCUGGAGGCCUUUUGCACCAACUUCCCUGCCGCCGGCACCUCUCUCUGCAUCACCAAUCAGUGCACCACUGUCACCGUCCCCACCAAUACGACGUGUGAGGCCAUGGCUGCGGCGGCCAACAUUACCGAGACGCAGCUCAAGGCCUGGAACCCCUCCAUAAGCUACGGGUGCGCAAACCUCCCCAAGAUGAACGGCUCCGAAGUCUGCGUCGACGCUCUCGGCCGCAAAUUCGUGCCCCCCAGCGACACCUCCUCCCUGCCCCCUCAAACUCCCACCACUACCGCUCCCACGCCCACCGACGCAGCAGACGGCUCCGGCGGUGCCGAAAAGCCUUGCGGGCGGUGGUACUCGGUCCAAAAAGGCGACUAUUGCAACCUCAUCGCCGUCAAAUUCGGCAUUACCCUCUCCGACUUCCUCUUCCUGAACCCGGCCGUCAAUGCCAACUGCACCAACCUCUUCGCUUUGGAGUCUUACUGCGUCGCUGCAGUGGGCGAUAUCAACACCUAUACGGGCCGCCCCGGUUUCGCUUCUGUCACCCUUGACCCCUCCGCGCCCUUCACAGGAAUCCCCUACACCGAGCGCCCCGACGCCACCAACUCCCCUUAUACGCGGCUGUACACGGCCCUCCCCGAAGCCACCGGCACGCGCGACGACUGCGUGCACUAUUUCGCCGGAGAUGACUACCAGUACGACCUCACCGGCUCCCCCUACGCCAGCAACUGCGAACUCGCCGCGGCAACCUACGAUGUUGACCUUGACGCCUUUGCCUCGUGGAAUCCCGGCCUCGGCAACGUAUCGGAUCCGGCGUGCGCAUUUGUAAAGGGCGUCCGCUACUGCGGCUCGUGGUCCCCCACAACAAGCACCGGUCCCACGACCUCAAAAGCAACACCGCCCGGCCCAACCAUGACCGGAUCGCCCGCCGACUGCAACAAAUGGGCCCUCGUCACAGAUGGCCUCUCUUGCACAGACAUGGCCGCCCAAGCGGGCAUUUCCCUCCAGCAAUUCAUGGCGUGGAACCCGGCUGUUAGUUCCGACUGUCUGACUAAUUACUGGCUGGGUGAGGCGUACUGUGUUGGUGUUUCUGGCGAAUCUACCCCGACUACAACGACGCCUUCGGGGACGACGACUAAACCUACGCCUCCUGCGCCUACCAUGUCAGGCGAGCCAGACAACUGCAAUAAGUGGGCUGUUGUGACUGACGGUGUGACCUGCACAGAUAUGGCACGCCAGGCGGGGAUUUCGUUGAGUCAGUUUUUGGCGUGGAACCCGGCUUGGUUAGUAGGGGGGCGAUUAAUGCUGCUGGCUGGUGAUAAGUUCAAGUUUUUUUGA